UGUUGAAGAAAACUCUUUUUAAAUGUCGACUGGUCAAACGGGAGAAAGUUCUUUGGUGUAAUGAGACUAAAAUGAUGUUUUUUGGCCAUCAGACAAGAUGCUUAUGUUACCAAAAAUUGCAUGGCCAGUGCUAAAAAAAAUUGAUAUGGCAAUAUGUUGUUACGCACACCUUGCCGAUACACGUACUGAUAUUAUACGUAAUAGCCUGAUAGCCUGUAUCUGUAAGCGAUGUCAGUUUUUUUUAACACAAGUCACCCCCCCCCAUUGUGCAGUCAAUAAAAAUGCCAGCAGAGGGCAGCAGUGAUAUCAGUGUUAACGUAUACACCGUGGUGCAGUCAACACUAUGCCCAGCAGAGGGCAGCAGUCACAGAACUGCAGUAUGCAGCCGAAGCGCACGUCUCACUCCUCCUCAGACUGAAACAAGUUUGUACUCAGACCGUGAACACAGACAUUGAUUAUCUACUGCUCACAGACUACAAUAAAGAUACAGGAUUAAUCGGGUUUCUUCAAACAGCAGUCAUUCAGGAGCUGGGCACGAGUCAUGAGCUCUAACAAGGUUGUUGAUGGGCUUUACCUUGGAAACAUAAGAGAUGCAGAAAACAGGGAAAGUCUUUCUAAGAAUGGCAUCACCCACAUCCUGUCAGUGUACAACAACGCCAAGCCAGUGUUUGAGGACAAGACGUACCUCUGUAUUCAUGCUGCUGAUGCUUCCAACCAGAACCUAUUACAGCAUUUUAAAGAGUGCAUCAGCUUCAUCCAUGAGUGCCGCCUAAAUGGUGGAUCUUGUCUUGUCCACUGCCUUGCAGGUGUGUCCCGCAGCACCACCAUGGUGGUGGCCUACCUGAUGACCGUCACCCACUACAGCUGGGAAGAGUGUCUGUCUGCGGUUAAGGCUGUGCGCUCCUUUGUCGGCCCAAACUAUGGCUUCCAGCAGCAGCUGCAGGAGUACCAGAUGACACAAGUCUCAGAGUACCGAGCCUGGUUACGGGCCAGUUUCCAUCCCAGUCCAUUUAAUGACCAGGAGCAAGUGGGGGCGCUGCUGAGCCAGUACACAGAGCAGCAGGAGAGCCAAAGAAGAGGAGGAGACCACCGCUGGAUAAGUCAGGGUGUAGGUGUGUGUGCUAUGCCAUCUAACUCUGACGGUCAUGAAGGCAGCAGCUGAAACACGGGCAUUGGGUCGUGCCAAAGUCCUGCCAAACUCUGUCUGGAAAUGACAGAAGUUAUUUUUCUGCACUCGGUUUUAAAUCAACCCCUGAGCCGUAUCAAACUUUAAGGCCUUUAUACAACUAUGGAAACCUAGGAUUAAAAAAAUGUCACCUACAAAGCCAUUAUAUGUUUUAUCCCCUCACUUCUGUCUUUUAGGACCUGGGGUUGAUUUAAAAUUGAGCUUCAGAAUUUUCUCCACUACCAGUACCGCCCAUGUCUCCUUAACUGAGAAAAGCCACAACAGGGGUCUCGGUGCUCACAGACGCCUUACUUUAAUCACCUCUGCACCUUAGCCAUAAUGAAUAAACCAUACUUCCAUGUGGACUCUAUUCACCUGCAGCUUGCUAGCCUUAAAGUUAAGGCUAUCAUAUGAUCUCUUAAAGGAAUAUUUUGCCUCUCAUAAAGUGGAUGUCUAAUCUUUGAAUAUGCACAGUGACGUCCUCAAAACUGCCGCAAAUUUCAUGCCAGUAAUCAAUCUAAUUUUCUUGAAACACCAGUUCUUUUUAAUGUGUCUAGCUGAAAGAAACUGUGUUGCUUGAUUUACAAGCAACUUAAUGCAAAAAGCAUUGCACAUAGGAGUUAAACUCCAAAAAGAUAGUCCAGGCUAUAUUUGCAACUACUGGUUAGGUCAAUUAUUGAACAAUCUGCUUGUUAUUUCUACAAUAAAUCAGUUAGUUUUAGUGGAUGCAAUUGCAUAGGUUUGUAAAAGAAGCUGAUAACAAAAGCCCAAUGUAACAUCUUCAGAUGUACUCCUUUUUUCCUAAUUAACCAUCCAAAAUACACAGACACAGUAAAACAACAAAGAAAGCACCUCUGCACAUCUACAGUGAAGUAUCACUACAGUAGAAUGUACAAUUUUUUUCAUUUGACCAGUAAAGUUAGGUCAUGUUGGCAAUUGCAGCUACACUAGCCACUUAAAGAUGUUGUAUUGCAGAUUAUCUAUCGCCGUUGCACAUCACUGCCCAUGGAGUAAAGAUCAUUUGUUUAUGUGCAGUUAUACACUGGAUCUGUACACUAUAAGAUAUGUGCAUGCAUGCAAAAGUGUUUCACUGAUGACAAUCAGCCCUGCAAUGACACACAAGAUCCAGGUCCACGAAAACAGUUCACACUAUCUUCUGUGCUGUUUUUACAACGCUACAACCAAGCCCUUCUUUCUAACAUUAAUAAUAGAGCACUUUUCAAAACCAAAGUUACAAAGUGCUUUACAAGGACAGAGGAAUGAAACAGGUAGGCCAUAAAGUCACAAGUAAGGACAGUGAUUCAGAAGUGACUUGAAAUUAGAGUCUGGUGUGUUGUCUUGCACUUAAGAGGAAUUUAAGCAAGAAAACCCUCUGUAACACUUCCUGCCAGGUGGGACAUGUUGAGGAACCUUCAGUGAUGUGGGCACCAAGGAAUGAGAUUUUUGUCCAUAAUAUUUACCUCUUUACUAUUUAGACAUAGUACAGGUUGUAUGGUCUCCUAAAGUUCGCAGUUAUCCCUGAUAUAGCGGUGCUCAGGUCCAUGUUGUUUUCUGAACACCACUCUUGGACCUCCUCACUGUGGUCUGUGCCCUUGUUGUUUGCAUUGAACCGCACCAUAGCUGUGUUGUUUUAAAACUUCACUAUAGUAUGCCUAAGACCCAUGUGUACAUGAGAACCUGCACAAACAAGAAACAUAGUGACUUCCUAUCCCUCAAUGUGGUCGUGUACCUUGUGAGGAAAUACCUUCAUGCUUGGUUGUCAGUUUCCACGCAGGAGUUGGCACAACAUAUGUGCCAACAAAACUGUGCUACGUUAUCUCUUGAUUUUUGAUAAGCCUGAUCUUGUAAAAGCUCAGAAAUCCACACUGCUUUAACCACUGAGAUACACACAGCUAGGGUUAACGUAUCAAGCUAAUUUCAAAAUUGGCAGAAUGUUCCUUUAAGCAGGUGACACUGAUAAUCUACAUGAAGUACGGCAGAAUAAAACUUUAACUACACAUGAAGGAUUUUUAUAGUCCUAAAGCUUGAGUCUUCCUGAUUUUACUGAAGCUCUGAUUUACGUUUUAUUGUGAAAAGCUCAUUUUAAGGUGAUUGUGUACAUGGAUUAUUUCAGCUGUGUUAAUUGCAUAUUUAUGGUGUUUUUGUUCUUUUUUUUUUUUUGAUAAAAUGCAGUGAUUGAAAGAUAAUAUGAAAAUGCUAAUAAAUCUGUACUAUCUACACUAUACGUCUGUGUGGAUAAAAAUAAAUCCUAA